AUGGCCUUUAUCCGCUCAGAUGCGCAGGGCCCUUCACGGCUUCACCAAUCCACCAGAGGAGAGGCACGCUACCAGUGCAAGGGACUGGGUGGGCGGACGGCCAGGCGCGGCGACUCUGCGGAGCGGAGAGCCGGGGACCCGCAGCUUGGGCGCGGCGGCGGGAUAAGCUCCGCGCCGCACUGCAGAUGGCGCGCCUCCCGUGUCCCCAAUUUCGCGCUGAGCCCUAGCGGAUCUGUAGCUGUCUCGCCGGCGAUUGCCAAGGAGGGGAUGGACCUGGCGCCGCCGCUGCCGGACGACGUGCUCGCGGGCGUCCUCCGUCGCCUCGCGCCACGCGGCCUCGCCGUGUCCCGCUGCAUCUGCAAGGCGUGGCGACGCGUCGUCGACGACCGCCGCCUGCUGCGCGCGGACCUCCUCCCGCGCUCGCUGGGCAACGAAGCAAUACUGGAAGAGAAAUUUGUGUGGGACUCUGACAGUGAUAAUGUUCUCGAACCAGAAAGUAGGAGCAAGGAUUCUUUUAUCGAUUUUCUUGGAUUUCAUCCGUACAAAGAGGUUGUCUUCUUGAGUGAUAAAUUCGACCGGGUGUUAGCCUAUAAUUGGAGUAGCUCAAAGAUUCAAGAUUUGGGCAAGGUUUUCCCAAAAUUCUACAUAGACUGGGAUCUCCAUUUCCACCAUAAAUAUGUAUCAGCGUCUUUCCCGUACACUCCCUGCUGGUUGGGAGAGCUCCCUGAGAAACUGAAUUUAGAAGCUCAGCUGGAAGAUUAG